AUGGGGCGUUGCACCUUCGUGCACCUGGGCCUGCUGCUUGUGGCUCUCCCCCUAAGUGCAACUGGAGCCCCAAACUCUUGUCCCUCCGGUUGGCUCACCUACAAGAAAUCUUGCUACCAGAUCUUCCUGAAAGCCAAGAACUGGACUGAGGCAGAGAAGUUCUGCAGGGCCCAGAAGACGGGCUGCCACCUGGCCUCCAUCCAUGCCCUGGUAGAUUCACUUCAUUUGGCCACGUAUAUCUCCGGGUUUCUCAGUGACAGAAACGUUUGGAUCGGACUGAAGGAUCCAAAGAAU